CUCCCUGCGCGCCGGGCCGGGCGCCGGCUGGCAGGGCCGGUCGCCGCAGCUCUGAGGUUGGGCCCUCCCCCGGGGUGAUUUCAGCGCUGAAGGUGGAAAUGCGGAAGUUUCCAGCUGCGACUGACAGAUGAGGGUCGCGUCCCGCUCGGCACGUGCCGCUGCAGCCCUGAGGCGCGCCGGGCCCCCGCUGGGCGUCUCCCGAGACGCUAGAGGUUGACGAGCCGCCGGCGCGCGCCAUGGCCACGCUGCCGAGCGCAGAACGCCGUGCGUUCGCGCUCAAAAUCAACAGGUAUUCUUCUGCGGAAAUAAGGAAACAGUUUACCCUCCCACCAAACCUUGGCCAGUACCAUCGACAAAGCAUAAGUACCUCUGGCUUCCCCUCUCUUCAACUACCUCAGUUUUAUGACCCAGUGGAGCCAGUGGACUUUGAAGGACUUCUGAUGACACACCUGAACAGCCUGGAUGUGGAGCUUGUCCAAGAGCUGGGAGACUUCUCCGAAGACGACUUGGACGUGGUGUUCACGCCAAAGGAAUGUCGAACUUUGCAACCCUCUUUGCCGGAGGAAGGGGUUGAACUGGACCCUCACGUCAGGGACUGCGUUCAGACCUAUAUUCGGGAGUGGCUAAUUGUGAAUCGGAAAAACCAAGGAAGUUCGGAGAUUUGUGGCUUUAAAAAGACUGGAUCCCGAAAAGAUUUUCACAAGACGCUUCAGAAACAGACGUUUGAGUCGGAAACCUUGGAGUGCAGUGAACCCAGCACUCAGGCAGGCCCCUGCCACUUGAACGUGCUGUGCGAUGUAUCUGGGAAAGGCCCCAUCACUGCCUGUGACUUUGACCUCCGCAGCCUGCCACCUGAUUUGCGGCUGAAAAACCUCGUGCAACAAGUGAGUGCCGCGGACUUUGAGAAGCAGAAUGAGGAGGCCCGGAGGACCAAUCGGCAGGCCGAGCUCUUUGCCCUUUACCCAUCAGUGGAUGAGGAGGAUGCUGUGGAAAUACGUCCGGUACCAGACUGUCCUAAGGAACAUCUGGGCAACAGAAUAUUGGUCAAGUUGCUGACCCUGAAGUUUGAGAUUGAAAUUGAGCCUCUGUUUGCCAGCAUUGCCCUCUACGAUGUUAAAGAAAGGAAAAAGAUCUCAGAAAAUUUUCACUGUGACCUGAACUCUGACCAAUUCAAAGGAUUUCUGCGUGCUCACACGCCCUCUGUUGCCACAUCCAGUCAGGCAAGAUCUGCGGUAUUCUCAGUCACCUAUCCAUCCUCGGACAUCUACCUAGUAGUCAAGGUUGAAAAAGUCCUUCAGCAGGGAGAGAUUGGAGACUGUGCAGAACCCUACAUGGUUAUCAAAGAAAGUGAUGGUGGAAAGAGUAAAGAAAAGAUUGAAAAACUAAAACUUCAAGCUGAAUCCUUCUGCCAACGUUUGGGGAAAUACCGGAUGCCCUUCGCCUGGGCUCCCAUAAGCUUAGCAAGUUUCUUCAAUGUCUCUACCCUCGACAGGGAGGUAACUGAUGUGGAGUCAACGGUUGGGAAAGCCUCUGUGGGUGAGCGGAAAACUUCGUCCCAAUCUCGAAGACUUUCUGAAAGAGCCUUCUCCUUGGAGGAAAAUGGGGUUGGAUCCAACUUCAAGACCUUGACCAUUAACAGCUUUUUCAAGCAGGAGGGAGAUCGCCUUAGUGAUGAAGACUUAUUCAAGUUUUUAGCUGACUACAAAAGAUCUUCAUCCCUACAGAGAAGAGUCAAGUCAAUUCCAGGCUUGCUCAAACUGGAGAUUUCUCUGGCUCCAGAGACAACCAGUUGCUGUCUGACUCCUGAAAUGCUGCCAGUGAGACCCUUUCCUGAAAACCGGGGACGUCCACACAAAGAGAUUUUGGAAUUUCCAAUCCGAGAAGUAUAUGUCCCUCAUACUGUGUACAGAAACCUUCUCUAUGUCUACCCACAGAGGCUGAACUUUGCUAACAAACUAGCAUCUGCCCGGAAUAUCACAAUCAAGAUCCAGUUUAUGUGUGGAGAAGAUGCCAGCAAUGCUAUGCCGGUCAUCUUUGGAAGAUCCAAUGGGCCUGAAUUUCUGCAAGAAGUUUACACAGCUGUUACAUACCACAACAAGUCUCCUGACUUCUACGAAGAAGUGAAAAUUAAGCUCCCUGCUAAGCUCACAGUAAAUCACCACCUCCUGUUCACCUUCUACCACAUCAGCUGUCAGCAGAAGCAAGGAAACUCCGUAGAAAGUCUCCUGGGAUAUUCAUGGCUGCCAAUUCUCUUAAAUGAACGUCUUCAAACUGGCUCCUACUGUCUCCCAGUUGCCUUGGAAAAGCUGCCACCCAACUACUCUAUGCAUUCUGCAGAGAAAGUCCCUUUGCAGAAUCCUCCCAUUAAAUGGGCUGAAGGACAUAAGGGAGUAUUCAAUAUUGAAGUGCAAGCUGUUUCUUCUGUUCACACCCAGGACAACCACCUGGAGAAGUUCUUCACCCUCUGCCAUUCCCUGGAAAGCCAGGUGACCUUCCCCAUCCGUCUGCUGGACCAGAAGAUCAGUGAAGCGGCUCUGGAGCACGAGCUGAAGCUCAGCAUCAUUUGCCUCAACUCCUCCCGCCUGGAGCCCCUUGUGCUCUUCCUGCACCUGGUGCUGGACAAGCUCUUCCAGCUGUUCGUGCAGCCCAUGGUCAUCGCUGGCCAGACAGCCAACUUCUCCCAGUUUGCCUUCGAGUCUGUGGUGGUCACCGCCCACAGUCUGCACAACAGCAAGGGCCUGGGCAAGGACCAGCAUGGGAGGAACUGCCUGCUGGCCUCCUAUGUGCACUACGUCUUCCGCCUGCCGGAGCCGCAGAGGGACGUACCCAAGUCAGGUGGCCCCACUUCCUUCCCGGACCCUCGCUACCACACAUACGGACGCACAUCUGCUGCCACUGUGAGUUCGAAGCUGAUGCAGGCCCGAGUGAUGAGCAGCAGUAACCCAGACCUUGCAGGGACACACUCCGCAGCAGACGAGGAGGUUAAGAACAUCAUGUCUUCAAAGAUGGCUGAUCGUAGCUGCAUCCGGAUGUCUUACUAUUGCUCUGGCAAUAAUGAUGCUCCAAGUUCAACAACAACCCCAAGGCCAGUCAGCAAAAAGCAUUUCCAUGAGGAGCUUGCCCUGCAGAUGGUGGUCAGCACUGGAAUGGUGAAAGAAACCGUCUUCAAGUACUCCUGGUUCUUCUUUGAGCUUCUGGUGAAAAGCAUGGCCCAGUAUGUACACAACAUGGACAAACGGGACAAUUUUCGGAGGACUCGUUUUUCCGACCGUUUCAAAGAUGACAUAACUACUAUUGUUAAUGUGGUCACCUCGGAGAUUGCAGCCCUUUUAGUAAAACCUCAGAGGGAAAUUGAACAGGCGGAAAAGAUCAACAUCAGCCUGGCUUUCUUCUUGUAUGACCUCCUCUCACUCAUGGAUCGUGGCUUUGUGUUUAACCUCAUCAAACAUUAUUGCAACCAGCUGUCAGCCAAGCUCAACAACCUUCCAACGCUCAUCUCCAUCAGGCUAGAGUUCCUGAGAAUUCUCUGCAGCCACGAACAUUACCUCAAUCUGAACCUCUUCUUUAUGAAUACCGAUACUGCUCCAGCAUCUCCCUGUCCCUCCAUAUCUUCCCAGAACUCCAGCUCCUGCUCCAGUUUCCAGGACCAGAAGAUUGCCAGCAUGUUUGAUCUGACACCAGAGUACCGCCAGCAGCACUUCCUCACUGGGCUUCUCUUUACCGAGCUGGCCGCCGCCCUGGAUGCCGAAGGGGAAGGGAUCAGCAAAGUGCAAAGGAAAGCUGUCAGUGCCAUCCACAGCCUGCUCAGUUCUCACGACCUGGACCCACGUUGUGUCAAACCAGAGGUGAAGGUCAAAGUUGCUGCCCUCUACUUGCCUUUGGUUGGUAUCAUUUUGGAUGCUUUGCCUCAGCUCUGUGACUUCACAGCUGCAGAUGCCCGCAGUGGAAAAAAUCGUACCAGUGGCUCAGAUGAAGAACAAGAAGGGACCAGUGCAAUCAACCAGAAUGUGGCACUAGCCAUAGCUGGGAAUUUUAAUUUGAAGACAAGUGGAACAAUGCUGUCUUCCCUGCCCUACAAGCAGUACAACAUGCUGAAUGCCGACACGACCCGAAACCUCAUGAUUUGCUUCCUCUGGAUCAUGAAAAAUGCUGAUCAGAGCCUCCUUAGGAAGUGGAUUGCUGACCUGCCAUCAAUGCAACUAAACAGGAUUUUAGAUCUCCUUUUCAUCUGUGUCUCAUGUUUUGAAUACAAGGGAAAACAGAGUUCUGACAAAGUCAGUACCCAAGUUCUGCAGAAGUCGAGGGAUGUCAAGGCCAGGCUGGAAGAGGCUUUGCUCCGUGGGGAAGGGGCCAGAGGGGAGAUGAUGCGGCGCUGCCGGGCUCCAGGGAAUGACCGAUUUCCAGGCCUAAAUGAAAAUUUGAGAUGGCGGAAAGAGCAGACACAUUGGCGGCAAGCUAAUGAGAAGCUAGAUAAAACAAAAGCAGAGUUAGAUCAAGAAGCUUUGAUCAGUGGCAAUCUAGCUACCGAAGCAAAUUUAAUCAUCCUCGAUAUGCAGGAAAACAUUAUCCAGGCAAGCUCGGCUCUGGACUGUAAAGACAGCCUGCUGGGAGGCGUGCUAAGGGUCCUGGUGAAUUCUCUGAGCUGUGAUCAGAGCACCACCUACCUGACUCACUGCUUUGCGACACUCCGUGCUCUCAUUGCCAAGUUCGGCGACUUGCUGUUUGAGGAGGAAGUGGAGCAGUGCGCGGACCUGUGUCAGCGAGUGUUGCAUCACUGCAGCAGCAGCAUGGACGUCGCCCGGAGCCAAGCCUGCGCCACUCUCUACCUCCUCAUGAGGUUCAGCUUUGGAGCCACCAGCAACUUUGCAAGAGUAAAGAUGCAAGUAACCAUGUCUCUGGCAUCUUUGGUGGGAAAAGCACCAGACUUUAAUGAGGAGUACCUGAGAAGAUCCUUGAGGACAAUUUUGGCCUAUGCGGAAGAGGACACAGACAUGCAGACCACUCCUUUCCCCAUGCAGGUGGAAGAACUUCUCUGCAACCUGAAUAGCAUCUUAUAUGACACAGUGAAAAUGAGGGAAUUUCAGGAAGAUCCUGAGAUGCUUAUGGAUCUCAUGUACAGAAUUGCCAAGAGUUACCAGACAUCUCCUGAUCUGCGGCUGACCUGGCUCCAGAACAUGGCGGAGAAGCACACCAAGAGGAAGUGCUACACAGAGGCUGCCAUGUGCCUCGUGCACGCAGCUGCCUUAGUGGCUGAAUAUCUGAGCAUGUUGGAGGACCACAGCUACCUGCCCGUGGGCAGCGUCAGCUUUCAGAAUAUUUCUUCCAACGUGCUGGAGGAGUCUGCGGUCUCUGAUGACACCCUGUCGCCGGACGAGGACGGGGUGUGCUCCGGCCGGUACUUCACCGAGAGUGGCCUGGUGGGCCUCCUGGAGCAGGCGGCCGAGCUCUUUGGCACGGGAGGACUGUACGAGACGGUCAAUGAGGUUUACAAGCUGGUCAUCCCCAUCCUGGAAGCUCAUCGAGACUUCCGGAAGCUGACCUCCACCCACGAAAAGCUGCAGAAGGCCUUUGACAGCAUCAUUAGCAAGGGUCAUAAGAGAAUGUUUGGAACCUACUUUCGAGUUGGUUUCUAUGGAUCCAAAUUUGGGGACUUGGAGGAGAAAGAAUUCAUUUACAAAGAGCCUGCAAUUACCAAGCUUCCUGAGAUCUCUCAUAGACUAGAGGGAUUUUAUAGUCAAUGUUUUGGUGCAGAAUUUGUGGAAGUGAUAAAAGAUUCUGCUCCUGUGGACAAAACCAGGUUGGACCCUAACAAGGCCUACAUACAGAUCACUUUUGUGGAGCCCUACUUUGAUGAGUAUGAGAUGAAAGACAGGCUAACCUACUUUGAGAAGAAUUUCGAUCUGCGGAGGUUUAUGUACACCACCCCCUUCACCCUGGAGGGCCGGCCUCGGGGAGAAUUGCACGAGCAGUACCGACGGAACACUGUCCUGACCACCAUGCACGCCUUCCCCUACGUCAAGACCAGGAUCAGCGUCAUCCAGAAGGAGGAGUUUGUUUUGACACCAAUUGAAGUUGCCAUUGAAGAUAUGAAGAAGAAGACCCUGCAGUUAGCAGUUGCCAUUAACCAGGAGCCUCCUGAUGCCAAGAUGCUUCAGAUGGUGCUGCAAGGCUCCGUCGGAGCUACUGUCAAUCAGGGACCACUGGAAGUAGCCCAAGUAUUUUUGGCUGAAAUUCCAGCUGACCCAAAACUCUAUCGACAUCACAACAAGUUGAGAUUAUGCUUUAAGGAAUUCAUAAUGCGAUGCGGUGAAGCCGUAGAGAAAAACAAGCGUCUCAUCACGGCAGACCAGAGGGAGUACCAGCUGGAACUCAAAAAGAACUACAACAAGCUGAGAGAGAACCUCAGGCCAAUGAUAGAGCGGAAAAUUCCAGAACUCUACAAGCCGAUAUUCAGAGUUGACAGUCAUAAGAGAGACUCCUUCCACAGAUCUAGUUUCAGGAAAUGUGAAACCCAGUUGUCACAGGGCAGCUAAGAAAAGCUAUCUUCACCCAUGAAGACUGGAGGCCCUGUGACCCUGGAGAAGGACCCGCUGGAACUUAAAACAGGACGUUUGCCACACAGGACAUGCCACAUCCUCCCUGACCAGACAGCACUCUGGAAGCUUUGGGAUCCAAGUGACCAUGGGAAUUAUACCCAAAUGGGGUCUGAGCAGAUCUGGGGCAUUUGGGGGUUGGAGGUGGUGGAGGAUGGUUAAUCAGGGGUGCCUGUGUAUUUAUUAAGCCAUGUUUUUCUCGCUUAAUUGUGCAAAACAAAGCAUAAACAGCAUCUCCUGCUGAGUGGUCAGGAACUGAUGAACGACUUACUCCUGCCUGUAUUUGAAUUUAACCUGAAUUUAGAUAAACCCAAAUUGCCCAAGGGAAAAUGGACUAGUUGUCCACCAACCUAUUCAGAAUGAACUUCCCUCCUCCUCUCUUUAUGGGAAAGGAGGGUGACCUUGCUGGAGUACAAAACAUGUCCGAUAAAACUGUGAGGGGAGGCCUUACUAGAAAUCAGAAGAUCAUGAAGGUGGGAAAUCUGGGGAUCGAUUAAUUAUUUGUGAACUUGUUACCCUUUUGGUAACGGUGGACUAACUGUUGUAUAGUUAUUUUUGCUUUCUUGUUCUGUUAGGUGGUUAAUUUAACAUGCAUUUAUAGAGGAGCACACUCGAAGCACUGAGUUAGGAGAUACAUGGUACUCUGAGUGACCCGCCCAAAGUUGCAGAUGCUGCAGUUACUUAAAUUGAAACAAUUCUCCUCUAAAGCUUUGCGUUUUUUCUUAUGCUCGCUCUUUUUUCUCAUCCUCUCUGAGACCAAGUUUAUGUUUAUAAAAGGAUAACAUUUCUACUUUCAUUUCUAACAUUUUGCUGUCCGUCGGCAUGUGUACAUCAACUAAAGAAUAUAUUCAGGAUUCUUUGGACAGUGUACUUUAGGAGAAAGAUGAACAAAGUUAUUAUUUGAGAAUUAAAUUAUAUAUUUUUUAAUAUGACUGAUUACCUUGACUGGUACUAAAAAUGUAAUAAGAAUUGCAAGCAAAAUGUUUCCCUUUGCAACUUGUGUUUUUUAUUUUGACAACUCAUGACUCUUUUGUAAAGCAUUUCAGAGAAGAAGAAAGAUGCAUGAUCAUGGCCUUGGUCAAACAGUGCUAUCCAGGGUCACCCCUCAUAUAUAAUAUUUAAUCUUGGUGGUCAUGAGAGAGAAUUUAAUUUGGAUAUUCCAGAACUUUUUGUUUACACCAUCAGGUAUGCAUUGAUUUAUAUUUCGAAAGAGGACUGUUUUGUUUUUAAAUUACUAAAGCUUACUAGUUUAAGGGGCAAACUUUUUGUUUUUUAGGCAUUUGGGGCAGAACUCUUUCUAAAGUAUAUGAUAUGUUUGUUUUCUUAAAUGAGUACGCAUGACAUAUUUUAACUCCAUGUGUUGUUCAGUAUCUUCUGUGUGGGAGACACUGGGUGAGACCAAGGUCAAACGACAUUGUCACUGCCCUGCAAAGCCUCUUAGUUAAGUGAGGAAGAGCAUCUGUAUGGCUGUAGCCAUAAUAUACAGCAGACUAGAACAGGCCCCGUGGAAGGUAACCUUUCCUGAGUGACUCCAGGGUGGCCAUUAUUAUCAACACCUAUUAUAUUUUGCCUUCAAACAAUAAGCCUUAGAUGGUAAGUAAUGUAGGCCUGGCUUUUAACUCUAAAAGCCCUAAUAAUCCUAUGACCUAAAAUAUUCCGGAUUAAAUGUCCCCUGCUUUUAGAUAUGUGUUGUCACUUUUGAUUUCAGUCUCUCUUAUACCGUAGUGGGUACCACUUGCUUCACAAGUGCAAGGUCUGUGUCCAUUGUUGCAUUCCUAUCCCCUAGCCGAGACCUCAACACACAGAAGACAUUUAAUAAGCAUAAGCUGAAUAAUUAAAUGAAUGAAUGAGUGUGAGUAGGCCUGCUUCUAGGCCAGCACUGUGUAGUAGAAAUAUAAUACAAGCUGCAUAUUGUCAUUUUAAAUUUUCUAGUAGGCACGUUAAAAAAAAAAAUCAGGAAAGAAACAGGUGACAGUAAUUUUAAUAAUACAUUUCAUUUAACCCAAUAUAUACAAAAUACUAUCAAUUCAACAUGUAAUUAAUAUGAAAAAGUAUUAAUGAGGUAUUUUACAUUCCUUUUUUCAUACUAUGUCUUCAAAAAUCUGUGUGUAUGUGUUUUCUAUUUAGAGAUUUUACACUUUACACUUAAUCUCAAUUAAAUCCAGCCACAUUUCAGGUGUUCAAUAGCCACAUGUGGCUAGUGGCUACUGUAUUGGAUGGUACAGUUCUAGAAGCUUCCAACUUUUAUAACGUGAUGCC